UUCGUUUUGUACGAUGAUUACAUUAAACAAACGAAGCGCGGGAGAGACUGACACAAUUAAUGGUUCCUGCCAUUGUGGGAUUUUAUGUUUUAAGAAUGGCAAUGAAGCCAUUCAAAAUUAAAGGUGUACUCUGGUGGCUAAGCCUGGUCCUUCUGGUGCCGAGCUCGACCUGCCUGGAACCUGUCUCCAUUAUCACUGCUGUGGGAGCAGGAAUCUCCGCCACAUUCAUGGCCGCCUACAGACCUGUCAAAUGCCGAUAUUUUGCUGAAUGCUGCAUAGAUCGCCACAUAAUGCUCAAUGAGACAGCCCUGCGCCGAUCCUUGGACUUACACGUGUACGGACAGCAUCUGUGUACGUCAGCAGUGAUUAACCACCUGCGUGCUCACACCCGCUCAGCCAGCCCAAGUAAAGCCCUGGCCCUCUCCUUCCAUGGCAGUACAGGCACAGGCAAAAACUUUGUCAGCAAGAUCAUAGCCGAGAGUUUGUACAGGAAAGGCAUGAAAAGUAAAUAUGUUCACCUCAUAUCAGCCACCAAGGAAUUCCCUCACAAAGAAAUGGUGCCUCUUUAUAAGGAUAAGUUAAAGGAGUUGAUUGAAUCAAAUGUUGCUGAAUGUGAGCGCUCGCUGUUCAUAUUUGACGAGGUAGACAAGAUGCCUGUUGGACUUCUAGACAUCGUCAAGCCUUACCUUGACUUCUAUGAGGAUGUGGGUGGAGUGGACUUUAGGAAAAGUAUCUUUAUCUUCCUCAGUAACACUGCUGGUAAAGCCAUACUGACCGAGACACUUAACCAGUGGAGGGAAGGACGACUGAGGGAGCAGCUGGCUCUAGUAGACAUGGAGAGUUUGAUCACCAAGGCCGCAGUUAACACUAAAAACAGUGGAUUAUGGCACAGCGAGCUUCUCCUUUCACACAUGAUUUCUGCUCACCUGCCGUUUUUACCAAUGGAGCGUAAACAUGUUAGACAGUGUAUAAAAGACAGUCUCAUCACCAAAAAAUACUAUCGUAACCAUGGCGAUAUAGAUGACAGAAUUGUGAGAGAAAUUGCAGAUCAAUUGCCUUACUUCCCUGAAGAUGAGAAAAUGUUUUCUGUGACAGGCUGUAAGCGUGUUCCAGAGAAAGUGGACUACAUUAUGGCAGGCUAUGAUGACAGUUUACAGUAAAACAUUUUGUUAUAUGGAGCCAUGGAUACAAAAAUAAUGGGUUUAUGAAUAUUUUCUAUAGAUAUUCUUAUGACAUAUUGAUAUACCCUCGCAUGAUGAGUCGUUGAGGGUGUAUAGGGCCUGUUCAUUUCUUUGUAACGUAUCUGUCCUUCAUUUAUAUGGUGUCACUACGUACGUAUACUCUACAAACAUUCUUUUUCUCCAUUUUCCAUGAAACUUCACACACAUGUUAACAUAACCUCUUUUUGAGUUUGUGUUUCGACCUACUGAGGUAAAAAAAAAAGGUCAGAGUUAUUAUAAACAAUGUUUGACAGAAAUAGCUCUACAGACUUCAUUUCUUUUCCAACUGUCACGAAACUUCCCGCCAUACAUGUGCAAUAACAUCACUUCUUGAGGAAGUUUUUCUUUUCAAACUUCUUUGGUGAAAAUUGAUUUUUUCAUAUUGUCUUUGAUGCACUGUUAAGUGAAUAUAUUACCAGUUAAAAAAUGACUGGAUGAUAAUCAGGUUCUAGAAAAUGCAUGUUUGAAGAAAAUUUCUUUCAAUGUAUAAUGAAAUAUAAAGAAAUAUAUAGGACUGGUGCUACUUUUUAUCUAACUUUGACAAUAUUA